CUGGGUUUUACGAAGGUUUAAUGAACGAACUCUGGAACAGAAAAAACUAACAAUUUAUUCUUUAUAUGUCGCUCCAGAAGUUCUCUAAUGUAAACGAUGGCAGGUGUCUUCGAUUUAGAACUUCAGGAUGAUAUCCAACCGCACGAGGAAAUUUCUGAUGAGGAAUAUUAUCCGGCUAGUGGCAGCCCGGAACUGGGUGCUGUCAGUCAAGAAGAUGAUCCUGAGAUGGAAACAUUUGAAAUUACUGAGCAUACCGUGAACCCAGGGAAUUUGAAAAUAGGACCAUCAGAUUUUGAGUUGCUCAAGGUUCUUGGCAAGGGUGGAUACGGAAAGGUUUUUCAAGUUCGAAAAAUUGCAGGGCAAGAUAAUGGGCAGAUUUUUGCCAUGAAAGUAUUGAAAAAGGCAACCAUUGCUAGGAAUGCCAAAGACACGGCACAUACCAAAGCUGAAAGAAAUAUCUUGGAGUGUGUAAAGCAUCCAUUUAUCGUUGAUCUGAUCUAUGCAUUCCAAACAGGUGGCAAGCUGUAUCUGAUUCUCGAGUAUCUUCCUGGCGGAGAACUCUUCAUGCAGCUUGAGCGAGAAGGAAUCUUUAUGGAGGACACAGCAUGUUUCUAUUUAGCUGAGAUCACACUAGCGAUAGAACAUUUACAUGCUGAGGGAAUUAUCUACAGAGAUCUGAAACCAGAAAAUAUUUUAUUGGAUUCUGUUGGUCAUGUGAAGCUAACUGAUUUUGGCUUGUGUAAGGAGUCUAUCAGUGAAGGAGCGGUGACACACACAUUCUGUGGAACAAUCGAGUACAUGGCCCCUGAGAUCCUAACACGGAGUGGCCAUGGUAAAGCUGUUGACUGGUGGAGUCUGGGAGCUUUAAUGUUCGACAUGUUGACAGGAGCACCUCCAUUUACAGCAGAGAACCGAAAGAAGACUGUUGAUAAGAUUUUAAAAGCCAAACUAAGUUUGCCUCCAUAUCUGACCAACGAAGCCAGAGGCCUAAUAAAAAGGUUACUACGAAAAUCUCCAGUUGAUCGUCUAGGAGGUGGAAUAGAUGAUGCAAAACCAGUCAAGAGUCAUGCUUUUUUCCGCCAUAUAAAUUGGAGUGACCUUUUAGCCCACAGGGUAGAACCUCCAUUCAAACCAAAUGUGACCGGUGAUGAGGAUGUCAGUCAGUUUGACACAAAAUUCACAAAACAGACCCCUGUUGACUCGCCAGACGAUUCUUAUCUUAGUGAAAGUGCAAAUCAAGUCUUUGUGGGUUUCACCUAUGUAGCACCGUCUGUCCUACAAGAGAUGAAUCUUCCAUGGAUCGCCGAGAAGGAACCCCGAUCACCUCGGAAGAUGGGGUCAAGUCUCAGAUUCUCUGUUAGUCCAGCUCAUCAUCAAGCUAUCGAAGGCUUCCCAAUCGGUGACACGGCUCAUGCAAACGGAAUUGACGGCACCGAGGACAUGGACACGUCCAGUUCGAGCCUCCAUAAAAGACUGUGAAGCUCACCACAUGAAAUCAACUCGUGGCCAUUCUUCUGUUGUACUUCCAUCCAAAUCAGCUAUUGAACUACAUUAGAGUAGAUCACUCUUUUGUGAUAGCACACAUUCACCAUUUUGAAGCACUUUCAUGGGAUAGAGUCAUCAUGGCCAUAGAUUGAUUAUUCUAGCAAGAGAUUUGGUUGCAAAGAAUGAUAUUUGAUGAAUGACAUUGGUGAACUUUGUCAACAAAAGGAUGCAUUACCUCAAGAGACUUAAUGAAUUCUCAUUGCCCAGUUAUACCUUAAGUGCUGCAGUUAUUAUCUAUCCAUUAAGAGUGUAUAUUAUAUCUAUGACAUUGCUUUUGUUGUGAGAUGACAGUUUCUCAAGCUACAUUGUAUGCAAGUCGGUGGUAGUUUCAUUUUUGUUUGAGAGAUUAUAAAGAAAAUUUAUUAUGUCUGGUUAUAGUAUCAAUUAUGUUAUGGAUGUUGUAGCAGAUGAUUAAAAUAUGGAUUGGGAUUGUUUCAUUUAGUGAUUUAGUACUUGAGCUGUUAGUUUUUAUUACACUACAACAGAUGUAUUCUGUGAUUCGUCAGUCAGUAUUUUCUGCAGGGAUAAGAUUUUAAUAUUUAUUAAUGUUAUGGUUUGAUUUUGUUUUUGUUGUUUCAACAGUAUUUACUUCUAUUCCAGUUAUUUGUAACACAGUUCAUUGUGAUAUUUCAGAAAUAUUAUUUAAAAAUAACUUGGUAUAAUUUCCUGUAAUACUAUUUGAAAAUAAUAUUUUUAAAUAUGUGAUUUGGAAAUUGCAUCAAGAAAUGAGACAAAUCCAACAGAAAUGGGGAAAUAAUUUAACAAAAUGUGUUUAAAUUGACUUGUUUUUCUUUUUUUUCUCAAGACAGGUACUAUUUAGGUAUCAUGUUAUGAUACACCUUCAUUCCAGAAACUAAAUUUACAGGUUAUUAAAAAAAAACACCAAAAAAAACAGAAGAAGAAAAAGGAAAAGAGAUAGGGGUUUCAAGCCCUUAAUGAUAAUGGUUUUCACUUCUUCUCUAUGGUUUAUCUUCUACUCAAUCUUUAUUGCUUUCUGCCAUACACAUGCUGCCGUCUGCUUCUGUAAUUAUAAGUAUUGAUGAACUGAUUAUCAGGCCCACUUCAUAAACAAUGGUGGGAACUGAAUGUAGCCCAGUGAUGGUGUGCCCUUCUGCAAUGUACAGAGUUACCGGAUCAAAGCCUGUCAGUAUAUCUUUUGGGUAAUUUCCCACUCCAGCAAGUGCCAUGCAUAUAUCUCUUGUAUUAAAAGCCAUGGUAUGUGCUAUCCUCUCCUGGGAACAUUCUGCUUCUCAGUAAUAGUAGCUUCUGUGAGGGAAGCAGGUUUGUUCCCAAACAAUGUAGACCAAGUAUUUCAGGUUAAUAUGUCUUAACACCUAACAGCCACUGAUUAAAGAAUGAGCUGAGGUGCUCAAAACAUUUUCAUUUUCUUCACUUCAUAGAUCACCAUGUAUUGCAAGUCAUAAAGAAAGGUAAUUUUAGGCCAAUGUUAAAGGAAUCAAAGCAAUACCAAAAUCUCAUGAAUUUUCCACCAUCUUUGUAAACUUCCAACAACAACAUAUUUUUACAUUAUUAUGAACACGAUGUAGUGUAACAUUUUUUAUAUUAUCUCUUCGAUUGCCUCUAUUCCAACCAACAGUUUCCUUACAUGCACUUCUUGUGAAAAGAAGGCACAAAGCUUUUAGUCUAGCAAGCUGUAGAUCUGUUUCAGGUUGUUUGUUUUUUUGUUUUUUUAUAAUACAAGUAAUUAAGCUUAUGGAUGAUUACUAGUAUUUGUUUUCUUUUAAUGCAGAACUUUUCCUCUUAAAUUGAAUUCUGUAUUACUGUGAUGAGCAGGAUAUAAACCUGUACACAUUAGUGCGAUGCAUGCCCAUUAGAUAGAUAUUGCACUUCAUAGAUAGACAUGUUGCUUGAUAUAGUUUGUUGUUGCCCACCAGAAGCACACUUCAUCUACAGUGUAGUUCUAGCAUAGAACUCUACCAACAUACAGCUGAGAAUUGUGAAAUAUUGGUCAGGUGGAAUGAGAAUUUUACUAAUGGAAGGGGCAUUCAGCAAUUAAGUAAUGCACUAGAAGGGCAAGAUACUAUCAAGGGAUGAGUUACAAAACAUUACAUGGGUGUGUUUAUUAAGAGUUAUGAAACAUUUUCAAAACAAAUCUCAUUUUUAUUUAUGAAGUGAAAUGCAGCCAGUCAUUGCUAUUUUGUUAACAGAUGAUUUUGUUUAUUUAGUAUUUAUUACCAAAUCAAACAAACAUAAAUACAAACAGAAAAUCUAAUAAUAUUGGUAAAAUUUCAUCACUAUGACAGGAUAAGCAUGGAGUAUUUUGACUAGCAUUAUGUUAUUUUAGAGGAUGGGUGUGGCUUAGUAUUACAAAAUAUUACAUGGGGAAGGGGGUGUACAAAAUGCAAACUGUUGUAUUACAUAAUUGUUGACCAGCAUCAAGAGUGUUCUGUGAUGUUUUUCCAGUAAGACAAAUCCUCUUGAUUUUUCAGAAGUUCUGGCUAUUUGGGCUAUCCAAAAAAAAUAAAAAUCUGUCCUUACUAUUCAAGACCCUUUUUAUCUCUGACCAAAAACAGUUUUCACACAAAAUGUUUGUUAGUGUCAUUACAGUUUUUAUCUUAUUAGCAACAUUGAAAUCAGUGAUGCCAAUCGAUUUAUAAUAAUAAAUGGUACAUGGAUAUAAAAUAUAUUGACUUUAAGACUGUUUUUAAAAGUUAGUAUUUAAUAUGACAUUGUUGAAUUUACCAGUUACCCACUAAUAUUUCAUGAUGUUACAGUGUGUGAUAAAUAUUUCAGCACAUUGUCAGUGACUGCCAAUCUGCCAAACUGAUUGAAAAAAAAAAGACUCUUCAGCAAACAAUAACAUUAACUAAUAUUGUUUUUCUUCACACUUAAAAGUGAAUCUAGCAAACUUUUUAAGUGUGCUGAUGGAUUUAAGCAAGUAUUAAAUUUGGGGGUAAAUAAUUUAUUAUUAAUGGAUUUGUUUUUUUGUUCACAACAUUUUCCAUUGUUUAUGCUUGUACAAAGUAAAUAACUGACCACUUUUAAAAACCUCAGUUUGCACCUUAAAUUAAAUACAACAUAAGUUGAGGAAAGAAUAUGUAUACUGAUAAAAGAAUAAUAAUUUUGUAUAAUGUAAUAAAGAAGUGGAAAAUGGCACAAAGAAAGAUGCAUAUUAGGUGGAGGGGGUUUGUCUUCAUAAAUUGCCUUUAUUAUCUGGGUACAUUGUAUAAGUGACCGAGUGUCAACAUAAACCAUUACAUAGCAAAUUGCCAUAGUUUUAAAUGUGCUGAGGUGUUGUUAAACAAAUAUUUAUUAUAUUAGGUAUACAAGAGUAAUCAUGCUUUCAACAGAGCAAUAUAGUCAUAAUUUACUAUUCACCUAACAAAAUAUGUUUAUGUUUUAUUUGUAGCUAAAAUGUAUCUAUUUGCAAUUAAUGGUUAAAAUGUAAAUAAAUGUUACUGAAUGGGAUUUCUUGUAGAUAAAUGAUUUUGAAUAUUCUGAUAAGCAUUACUGGCUGCAAAUUUAUUAACAAUUUCCUUUUUAAUGUGAAUUUUAAAGGCCAUAAAUAUACAUAACUCAAACGAUAAGAUUUGCCAUUUCUUAUUUAUAUUUGCAGCCGAAAAAAGAAAGGUAGCUGCAUAAUGACGUGAAUGGGUUCGUCGCUAGGAGUAACUAACGAGAGGUCUAACUGUGCAAGAUUGUAAUUUAUGGGCUUUCAGCAGAUAUGUCAAUAUCUCGUCAUCUGGUUUGAGCAACAUGUGAUUCUUGAUAUUGUGAUAUAUCCCUGCAUCAUGAGUUGGUCAUUCUCUGGUCUGGGUAACACAUGGUUCUGUCAUGGUGGCAUGUGUGUCUGUGUGUCGGAAACUGUCUCAUUACUCUUCAGCUCUUUAAUAUUGUUUAAUAUUCAGAAGUAGUCAAUAAUAAAUAUUAAUUGGAUGUUACUUUAGAUAGAUCUGUAUUUUAAAGUUUACAGUUUAUAUCAGAUUUUUUAAUUGAUGGGUUUUUUGUUUGUUUGUUUGUUUGUUUUUUGUUUGUUUUUUAAAGAUAUAUGUAUAUAUGCAAUUAAGAUUUGUUCAGAUGCAUAUUUAGAACAGUUGAAAUUUUUUUUAAAUAUAUGAAUAUUAAUUUGUUAUUGAAGAUAAACGAAUGUUGUAUUGUUGUGAAACACAAUUUGAUAGGCAUUAUGCAAAUGAAGUUCAUUAAUUUAACAAAUUUAAAAUUUGAACUGUUUUCAUUGUCUAGAAUGAUGUUUAAUUAUAAAAAUUGUCAAAUAAGAUGCAUGUGUAAUGAAUAAUGCCACAAUAGUUAUAAGUGGUGUUUUGUAUGCAUAAAUACAUCUUCUCCAAAUAAAAACAAACCAAACCCUGAAAAGAUAACCAGAACAAAACCAUAUUUUAUUGAAAACUCAUUGCUAGUUGAAUAGAAUGUUGUAUUUUUAUAUCAUUUUAUUUUAAUUUGAUAGAUAUAUAUAUAUAUAUAUUUUUUGGUUUCAAGACUGUUUUAGAAUAUAUGAUUACAAUUUGGUACAUAUUUAUCUUUAAAGGAUUUUAAACAGAUGUGCAUUUAUUAUUUGUAUUUUUUAUCAAUCCAUUUAUGUGAACAGAAAUGCCAGUAACAGAAAUAUGACUAGAUACGUCAUUAUUUAAUUUUACAUAGAACAUUCCAACUUGGAAAUUUUAUUUAAAGGGAUAUAUUCCGAACUGUAGCCAUUGUAACAUAAAUUUGUUAAAAUAAAGCCAUUUUUAAUUAUUAAAAUUACAAUAUUAUUUUUACAUUUUAUUGCUUAGAAUAUAAUAUUUGUAUUUAAAUACAUUUAUUGUCAUCAUACUAUUUGUAGUAGCUCAAUAAUGAUUUUGUCUCCAGUAAUUUUGUACAUCUCAGUUUAUUACUUACAUAAAACAUACAUAAACACACACUUGGUUAAAAUAGUUUUAAAUAGGUUGGUCAGACAGAAUAACAGAUGUAUUUAUUAAUAUAAUGCUUUGUAUUGUAUUUUUUUAUAGGCUUUAUUACCCAUUAAGUGAAUACAAUAAGUUAGUGUAUUUUAAUGGCUACAAUCUCACAACAGUCCCUUUAAAUAACAGUAAUCUGAAUAUUGGUAUCUUUUAAUGAAAUUAAAGAAACAUCAUGAACUAUUCUUAAAUUACUUUUGAUAUUUGAACAUCAAGUAAAUUCAAUUUGCAUUUUAAUGUUUUUUGACUAUGAAUUCCAUGUAACAAUUCUUUGAUUAUUGCUUACAAAGAGAAAAGUUAGUUCCUGCAGCUAAUUGUAAUCAUGUUUUGGUGAAAGGUUUACUUGUUAGUAAUAGAUUUAAAAAUAUGGUGUACCAAAAAUAUACACAUGUACAUGCGCUAUUAGUAUAAUGGUUGGAAUUUGUUUGUGCCUUUUUUGUUUGUUUCUUCCUUUGUUUAGAGGAUAUGAAAUAAAAUGUAAUGUGCUUUUUGACAAAACUAAAGACUACAUUUUUUAAAUUAAUGAUCUGUAUUACAAAUGGUAAGAGGUAAACUUGUUGCUUUUUUCAUUGAUAAUUGUGGUUACAAUAUUAACUACAUAUACUUAACAAUGUUAUGAAUGAAACUAUGUUUUUGUUUUAUAAUUGUAAAUAAAUAAUGUAAAAUUUGCUUCAGUUAUUUUAAGUUUAGAAACAAAAGAAAACAAAUUAAUGAUAAACCAGUAAGACAUUUUAAAAUUGUUUAAUCUUGUUGUUUGUUCUUCAUGUUUAAUUUCAACUUUAAGAAAACACCUAAACAAAACAAAACAAACAAUAAAAUUAAAUAUAAAAUAAAACAAAACAUAAGAAAAGAGAAAACAAAAUACCUGUAACCAAGUGGAGUUUAGGGCCUACAUGCCUAGGAGAUCAGUGGCAUAGGAAGGUGCCAAAAAGUUGGGGGUGGGGUGGGGCACGCUUUUAUAUUUACACUUUUACACUAUUAUAAAGCAAAUAUAAAGCAAAAUAUCUGAAAAGUGGGGGAUGCACAUGUCCCUCUUGCCCCCCCCCCCCCCCCCUGCUUCCCACUUCAGUGGAGAUUAAAAGUUGAUUUAACAUGGUUGAUAUACCACUGUUUCUUUGCUAGCUUUACUCAAGCAUAUUAGUUCACUCAUAAAACAAGUACGAUAAUAAUAAUAAUAAUAACCAAGCUGUUGUACAAACCGAAAUGAUCAGAAUUAUGAAAAAUAUUCUGUAAGAACAAUUAUUGUAUGAGGGAGGUUGGAAAGUAUUGAAAUUAUUAAUUUUUAAACCAAGAGUGUCUACUGUACUGGGUUUUUAUGUUUUUUAUUUCGUGAUUCACUUUAUUUCACAGUAUGAUGUUAAUUUUAAUGUUGCAUGUGUUUGUUAUUAAAAUAUUAAAUUUUGAAUGAAAAAA